AUGACGUUCAUCGAUGCCGCGCUAGCUGAAUUGAAGAAGACAGUUGAAAAGUCUCGUGUUAAAGGAAAGAAAAGCUACACGGAAACAGUCAAUCAUUGUGCUUCGCAUCUCGUACUUCUUAACCAGUCGAAAAUUACUCCAAAAUCGUCAAUAAAACUAGCCGACAGCUUUCGUAAAUCUUUCAUACCUGUGUAUGCGGGUUUCCCUCUUCCGUCUUUACAGCUUGUUGCCGCACUAUUCCACACGAUCUACCACGAAAAGGUCUUACCAGCACUUGGAGAGCAAUUGCAGGAGCAGAAGAUGCUCUGGGAGGAAGUCUUGAACUCCCUUCUUUCAGGCGUACUGGACUUUCUUGAAGAAGCGGAGAAUGAUGAGGUCCGAAGUAUCACAGCCAAGGAUGCAAUCGCCACAGCAUUGUAUCCGAUCUUGUGUGACUUGUGUUUCUCGUUGACAGCGCCGAUGAUGAGCGUGAACCUGAGGUGUACGGCAUACACCCUCCUCUCCGAUUCGGCUGUCUCGCAUGGUGGCAAUCAGAAAAAGCUUCGCAACGACGAUAUCCUCGGAGGUGAGCGGAUUGGACGAGUGAUCUGGCGAACCAGAGAUUAUCUCGCGUUGGAGAGUCUCCUUACCCUAUUCGCCCGACUUCUGCCAUCCAUCCGAGACGCGUCCUCUGGUAGAACUAAGCGAACCAUGUUCAUACAGUCGGUAUUUGUAGCAUCCCAGUCUCCAGAAGUCGGAAGCCUCGGCAAGACUGUCGCUGACAUCCUCGAGAAUGUAUCUUCUGCGGAUUGGGACGUAACUUCCAGGAAAAUAGUCGAUACCCUGUCUAAAGGCAGUCUCGCUUUUCCUCAACCUUUUACAGUAGAUGAGGUAUCUGCCUGCGGCCAAAUCAAACAGUCGGACAGACUAUUUGUGGAUGAUAAGGCACUAGUGGCGAAUGUACUGCAUGGUGAUGAUCAAUACGACACGUUGAACAUCCCGUACCCUACCGUUCACAAGUUCGAAAUCACUCGCGACCGCCAUGAUGACGCGAAAGAGGGCGCUCAGCAAAAGCGCUUGAAAGAAAUUGUUCCACCAAAGCUCUCUCUCGCAGAUUCAUCGACGAUACUUGAAUUUGAUAGUCAAGGGAAUCCGUUACAAGAGCUGUCGCAGCAUGAGCGUAUUGAGAAUGUAGCAAAACUCUAUCAAACCAACCAGAGUAGUGAUGAUCUGCGGGUUUCUGAACACUUAGAGGCGCAUGGUGCCAGCGUGAGAUCCGUCGUCCUUCUAUCUACUGGCGAAGAUGUUUCUGUUCCGCCAGCUUCCGCAGUUUCCAAUCCGGUUAUUAAGGUAAUAUCUGAACUGCCCGAAGACCGAAGUAUACAAAUUAGCAAGACUGAGGCGCCACCGCGUCAGCCUUCUCCGCUUCCUGCUCACGCUUCGUCAAAAUCUUUAUCGGUUUCCUCUGCUGUAUCUGCCGCCCAGACUGGCCCAUUCUCUGCGUCCCUAAAGCUGGCUUCAAAGAAGACAAAUGCUGCUCUCAGCCGCACUAAAUCGCAGAGAAUACGCGAACAGGUUUUUGGCGCUAGUGGCGAGGAACUGUCCGAGAUCUCAGAUAUGGAACCCUCGCCAACUCCUAUUCGUUCUGCCAGCUCCAAGACAAAGCCGAUAACUCUUACUCGGGCUACAACAAAAGAAUCUUCUUUCUCUAUUCCGUCUGGUACUCGGCCGGUCGUUACAAAACGGAUACUGGAUUCUGACGAUGAGGCUACAUCUGUGAUCGAGGCUGGAAAAGAUAUUUUGUCCAAACUAGGAAGAACGAAGAAGAAAGCCGUUCUCUGUGGGGGGGUUAUUUCGGAAGACGAGAUCGAAAGCGGGCCAUCUACGCAGCCGGCGUUUGUUACACCGCCACCUGUCCGGGAGCGCUUGAAUCUGGUACCUGUGACUCCUAGUAAGCCGUCUACGAGGGCUUCUCUGAAGCGGAAUGUAUCUGCCUCUAUCAACACUAGAGAAGCGUCGACUGCCCCUCUGGAAAGCUCGGUAGUAUCUAAGGCAGAACGCAAGAAAACCGCAACUUCUGCGAAUCUGAAACUGGUUCUUGGACAGGCUGAUAACCGUCUGACAGUGUGUGUCAAAUCUAGUGAUCUUAAGGUUGCUUCUGCUACUGCCGGCUCGACUGAAUCUGUUCAUCUCGCUGUUCAUAAUCUCGCGAAGGUCGAGAAUGUCACAAAUGAUCGGUCUGAAGAAGUGGUUGAUGAUGCAGUCGAUUUUAAGCUGGGGAGCUUCCCCGCCGUGAACGUCGUCGAUUCUUCACCGGUCCCUGUUGUCGCAACCGGGCCCAAAUCAGUCAAGGCUGGCCUGCGCAAGAAAGACCAGGCCAUUUCGAAGACGGUGCAAGAUCCGUCUCAUGUCAGCGCUUCCAAGAGAAAACGAGCUCCGGCGGACGAUGAGGCUACUGCGCCCGACCAGCAAGCUCAACCGUCCAGUGCUAAAAGGCCUCAUACAGUGGAGGGAGCCUCGGAAACCUCUUCCAAAGCUAUCCCUUCGGAAUUAACGAAGUUGCAAGUCCUGCGGCCUCGCCGGGCCGCUGCUGCUAGAGCCAUGAAGAAAUACAGAGGCAAGAAGGAUAGAACUUCUUCUCCUGCCCCUAUGGUUGAAGAUGUUGAUUACGAUGCUUUGCCUGGCGAGGUGGCUGCUGACCCUCUCCCUACGUCCUCUGACGCUCUGAUUGCUUCUCCCCAUAAUCGUAAGAAACCUGUUUUGAGGAGCAAGAAGGUAGCCCCUUCAUCAGUAGUAAAGGCGGAAAAUCGCGUCUCGCAUAAUGAGGUGAAGGACGAUAACCAGCUUAUCGCGCAUUCAGCACUUGUGGGCGAUGACGCGCUACAGGAUUCGUCGGGCGAGUGCAAAAAUGGGAUAUUCAUUCCGCCAACUUCAGCACAAGGUGAAAAAGCGAUAUCAAUCUCCCACAGAGCUUCAAGGACGAGAACGGCCGUGAACAAAGAGAUAGCUGUGGCUCCGCCGAAACAAAUUGAACCACGAAUAGAGAGUGGCUACUCUAAGGUUUCCGCAGCUCUAGCAACAAAUACUGAAUACGUCUCAAAGGCCCAUACCAUUGUUCAGAAGCCGCAGGCUAACUCGAGAAGAGGUGUCAUGUCUGUUAAGCCUGCUACUAACACAAUCUCCGAGCCUCAGCUCGUCAAUAAUUGUAGCCCUGUCACAAAGAACACUCUCCACGAUAUUGCAGGUGAUUUGGACGACAUCGUGAAGGAACUUCCUCCACCAGUGGAUUCUUCGGAAAGGGAGCAGCCUGAUAAUACUUUCCCUGAGAAUGUCUUUGUUGAAAACCUGACGACGGUCUACGCCGAGGACUGGCAGGAACUAGCCACACAAGAACAAGAGCCAAUCGCUAGGUUGCUACAGAAUCGGCCUGUUGUGAGCAAGCCUCCCACGAAAUUCAACGUUCCUCGGCCCAAGAUACCUGUCACGAUUGACCUGACGUUCGACGAAUCUCCGAAUAAACGGUCGCCCCCCACCCGUUGCGACUCGCCUACCCACGAUGUCAUCGAAAUUGCAGCGCUCAAUCCUUCGCAGUACUCGCAAUCUACUCCUCGCCGCGAGAUUAUAGCUCCAGACUCAUCACUGACGUCCAGCAUCAAAACUGCCCGCCAGAAGCACACAGUAACUUUUGCUAAGACGGUACAAGAACGAUCGCCGUCACCGCCAUCUCCUUACUUGCCGUUUUCGAAGUGGAUUCUAGAUGAUGAACCUGAAAAGGUCACGCGGAUCUCGCGCAGCCCACUCAAAGGACCGCGAAUGGACACUAAACGAAGAGUGUUGCGCAAGGAAGUUGGACACGAGCGGAAGCCUAAAAAUGGCAUUACAGGCAAGAAAGGAGACAUGGACAGUAUCGUCCAGGUUUUGGACGAGCUAAACCAGGCAAUUCUGGACAAGAUUACCAGGAAAUUUCAGGGCGUACGAGAGGACGUGCGUAUUGGCCGCGAUGCCCUCCUCAAUGAGGCGGCAGAAGAUUUACAGCGACUUUUUGCUGAGAGUGCAAAGCAUUUCAACGGCCUCAUCGACCUCGAAGCAGAGUACGCCACGUUUGGGCGUACUGUUAUGGCCGGCUUCGAAGAUCUGUUAGCACUGGAUCGUGACAUUUGCGAGCACCUCACCAAAAAGAUUGAGGUCCAUGAUCGUAGCUCUCUUUCAAAGAAAUUUCCUCCAACCUUGCUCCCGCUUCCUGCGAGUAUCCUGUCUAGCCGCUCAAAAUGA